GAUAAUGAUUUGACCAGUGCACUUUUGCUAGAACAAACGGCUCUCUGCUCACUUUUCCUUCGGCGACCACUCAUAAGGAAGUAUGCGUUUCGAAUGGCUCUGGCAGGUUCACGUUAUAGCAAAGCCGAACAGCCUCAUCUCACUACGCAUUGCUUCUCUCAAGCAGCACUUGUACUUACUGGAACUGAAUGGGACCUUGCCGAGGACCAUAUUAAUUACAACAUUGGUCGACACACUUACCUCCUUGGCGACCUAUCUGCAUCGAUAAAGGCUCUUCGUCCCCUUCUCAAGCUGAGUAGCAGACAAAAUCCGAGCACUCAAUUAACUUUCAUCGACGAUUUUCUUACAGUUCUCCGAGUGAGUCCUUCUGUUCUUGCCCUUUACUCCUUAGAUAGAUAUUUUAAAAAUUAUGUAUAUAUGUACGAUGAGCUUUCGAGACAUAUGGAACAAUGA